CUUUUCAAUUUGUAAGGUGCCGUGUCGUGUAAAUUACGAUGGCUUACGAUUUGUGAAUACUUUCAUUUUGCUAUGAAACAAAGCGAAUAAAUUCGUCGCUUUCUUUAACCGCGGUUUCAUAGUGAAUUUUUCAAAUGUGAUGUUUUUUACGAUCGAAGGCAUCGAGUGUUUAUAAAUGGCUAAAAUAAUAGUUUAUUUGUGUGUUGUGUAGUGAGUGGCAAUGGAUCGUCGGUGUUCACAGUCGGUUCGGACGCUAGUUUUCGAUGAUUCCGACUCCGACCCACCUAAGAGUGGUCCGAAGAAGGAUUUGUUGGCAUCAGCGGCACCGUCUUCGUUGAACCAGAGCGCGGAAGAUGCGAGCAAGGCGCGCAGUAACCUUGUGCGCAUACGUCGCACGGCGCUCGGCAAGUCCGCACCGACUCUAUCCAUUCAUGUGAAAGAGUCAUGCGCUGUGUCCCGACGUCCAUCUCGACUGCCACCGCCACCACCACACCAUCGACUCUCUCUCGUUGUGGGCUCCGGUCGCUGCAGCUCCCCGGGCACCGGGCCCCUGUCACCGGCCGAUGGGCCUCGCUGGCACACACACCACGCCCACCCCUUGCACCACGCUUUACUAUCCUCGAGUGUGAAGCGCGGGAAAGAGCUGAAUAAGGACAUAGACGGUAGGAGAUGGUCGGUGGCGUCAUUACCGUCAUCCGGAUACGGCACCACGCCGGGCAGCUCGAGUCUUUCACAGUCGCAAUGUUCGUCGCAAGAGCGGUUGCUGGCCGUGCAGGCGGCGUGCGAGCCUCCUCGAGCGCCCUGUCCCCAUUGCCACCACCACCAAAAUUCACUCAACAGUUCGCAGGGCAGCGGUAUGAACUGGGCGUCUCUGUCGGACAGCGGUGGGAGUGGGCACACGGCGAGGGCGCCCUCCCCAUCUCCCCGGGGCUUGCCCCGGAGAGUGAGGAGCCGAAGUCUCAGUUCUCCGUCCCGGUCGCCUGGCGGUGGUAGCGGGGGGUCGGAGGGCUCGAAGGACGACGCAGUCUCGGCCAUGUCCUCGCUGUUCGCAUCGAGGUUUCCCGCUGCGCAACGUGCUAUGGAUGAUAAACUAAGAUCGCUCAUCGAUGAACUGUCAGAGUUAGAUAAAAAGCCAGAUCGUAAUCCGAUCGAGCGCUUUGUACAAAGACAGGUCUUGGAGAUGGCGCGAGAUUGCCUCCACAAGUCGGAAUCGAAGCAAGUGACCAGUAGCUAUUUUUACGAUAUGGCUGACAGCUUAGACAGGUUGCUAGCUGAGACAAGAGAAAAGUCAGCGGAAGCGGGCGCUCAAGUGGCCCCUCUAGUCACCCGUUUGACUUUAGCAAUGGCGCGGCCGGCUCGUCUGCUCGAGUGCUUGGAGUUCGACCCCGAGCGGUUCUAUCGGCUUCUGGAAGCGGCGGAGGGACACGCGAGACAUUUACAGGGCAUGACGACCGACAUCCCGCAGUACAUCAUCCACAAGCUGGGCCUGUCCAAGGACCCGCUGGAGGAGCUGCACGUGCCGCCCCCGCCGCCGCCGCCGCAGGCCUGCUCGCCCUCCAAAGUACGCGGUCGGCAGUCCCCACCGGGAGGCCCAGGGUCUGGGGGUACUCCGCCAUCAGAGAAUGACUAUCAAGUCAUCAAGCUCAUAUCCAAUGGAGCCUACGGAGCAGUUUAUCUUGUUAAACACAAGCAGACUAGGCAGAGAUAUGCUAUGAAGAAAAUCAGCAAAAACAACUUGAUAUUGAGGAAUCAAGUGGAACAGGCGUUUGCUGAAAGAGAUAUUUUAAGUUUUGCUGACAAUCCUUUUGUGGUGACGAUGUACUGCUCGUUCGAGACGCGGCGCCACCUGUGCCUCAUCCUGGAGUUCGUGGAGGGCGGCGACUGCGCCACGCUGCUGCGCGCCGGGCCGCUGCCGCCCGACAUGGCGCGCCACUACUUCGCGGAGGCCGUGCUCGCCGUCGAGUACCUGCACUCCUACGGCAUCGUGCACCGCGACCUCAAGCCCGACAACCUGCUCAUCACAGCAACAGGUCACAUCAAGCUCACUGACUUUGGACUCAGCAAGAUGGGUCUCAUGUCAUUGGCGACGAACCUCUACGAGGAGUACGCGGACCGCGAGGCGCGGCAGUUCUCUGAUAAGCAGGUGUGCGGCACGCCCGAGUACAUCGCGCCGGAGGUCAUCUUGCGACAGGGCUACGGCAAGCCCGUGGACUGGUGGUCGAUGGGCGUCAUCCUGUACGAGUUCAUCGUGGGUUGCGUGCCGUUCUUCGGUGACACCCCUGAGGAGCUGUUUGCUCACACUGUUAAUGAUGACAUAGAGUGGCCCUCUGAAGAUGACUUUCCGAUAGCAGUGGAGGCGCGCGCUAUCAUCACAGAACUGCUGGCUAGGAAUCCGAGAGACCGUCUCGGUACUGCCGGGACGCAUCAAGUUAAGGAACACAUAUACUUCUACGGCCUGGACUGGAACAAUCUCCUGCGACGUAAGGCCGAGUUCAUACCUCAGCUCGAGAAUGACGAAGACACGAGCUAUUUUGACAGCCGCUGCGACCGCUACAACCACAGCGAGGCGGAGACGGACGAGGCGGGCGAGGCGGGCGAGGCGGACGAGGCGGUGUUCGCGGCCUUCUCCUCCACCUCGCCGCAGUGGCGCCGCCACUACCACACCUCGCACUCCGCGCUGGAGCACGACUCGCGGAGCACGGACAGCUGGCCGGGCACGCCGGACAGUGCGGGGCCGCCCACGACGCCUACUGCCCCUGCGCUUCACCACCAUCCCAAGUGUCCUAUGGUGGGCACGGGAAGCGGGUCGACGGCGGACUCGUCGCAGACGGACUCGGACGACGUGUCGCCGGCGGCGCGGCGGCGCGCGGCGCUGCGGCCGCUGCACGCGCACGCGCUGCUCGCCGGCCACGCCGCGCUCGCGCCGCGCCUACCGGAUGUCGCGAAGAAGGACGAAAAAGGCAUAGACAAGCUGGAUAAGGGUAAACCGUUGGCUCUCGCAGCGCCCAAGUCUAUGCGGCGGUCGGCGAGCACUUCCGGCCUGUCGCUUGUUAUACAUCCUGCGGACGACAGCAUGCCGGUGGCGGCGGGCGGCGCGGCGUCCCCGUGCGCCGGCAACACGUCGUCGACGAACUCGUCGCGCGACUCCUCACCCUGCCGGGAUCCGCCCUCGCCCUUCGCCAUCGCUAACCACUCUCUGAUCCAGUCAUCAAAACCGCCCAUCGUAGUACGUCGCGGUCCUCGUGGCUUUGGGUUCACGAUUCACACCGUGCGCGUUUAUUAUGGAGAUACGGACUACUACACCAUGCAUCACUUGGUUUCGGCGGUGAGCGAGCAAGGCGCGGCGUGGGCAGCGGGGCUGCGCGCGGGAGACCUCAUCACUCAGCUCAACGGGGAGUCCGUGCAGGGCCUGCUGCACACGCAGGUUCUGAGGUUGCUGCUAGCGGCACCUCACGCGACUCUGCGCGCUACGCCCUUAGAUCAAACAACUAUUCAGGCGGGCGGUCGCAAACGAGCGGGUGGGAGGCGCGCCUCCGCCCCUCCACGGCCUCGACCUCGGAGGCGUUGCUCUCUGUUCCGACGUAUCUCCACUAAACGCGCCUCUCAGGAAAUGCACCAGAUCGUAUCGGGCGCAUCAAGCGAGUUGACAUCCCCCGCCGCCUCUCCAGCGGCCGACUCCCCACUCCACACCACGCAUCCCACCACACACUACCAGCGGCCGUCAUCGCUGCACGGUUUGAAGCACAAGCUGGGGGGCGAGGUGCGGCGCGCUUCUCUCCAACACAUGCCUCUGUCGCCGCUGGCGCGCACGCCCUCGCCCUCGCCGCAGCCCGCGCCCGCCUCCCCCACCAGCCGCGGCUGCGAGGCGCGCAGCCCGUCCCCGCUGGCGGCGCGCGAGUGCCGGCGCGCCUGGCCGCGCCGCGACCCCGCCUCGCCGCUGCUGCGCCGCGCGCUCUCGCCCGACAGACUGCACCCGCGCUCCGCGGAGGCCAAGUGCUCCAUCUCGCCGCUGUGCUGCGCGGCGGGCGCGCGGCGCGGCUGGCGCCCCCCGCCGCCCGCGCCGCCGCCGCCGCCCGCGCCCGCGCCCGACAAGCCCGACGAGCCGGCGCUGCCGCGGAUCGCCGAGGAGAAGGACUCGCCCACGCACCACGCGGCCCGCGCGCCCGCCAGAACUCCAGCCAAACAAAACACUCCGAGUAUAUUCACAUCGUCGCCCAAGGCUAGUCUCGACAAAUGCUUCAACACGAACAAUUCCUUCGCCUCGCUGUCUCUCUCCGACGAGUCGUACAUCGACAGCAGCAUGGAUUUGUCCAACAUCGACACCUCGAGAGAUACUCAACUUGAUGACAGCCGUUCAAGUACAGACGCGUCAAUGCCGUCAUCAGAUACGAGUAGAAAGCUCACAAGUACACAAGAAUCGACGUCCAGCGUCGUGGAGGUUCAGCCUAAAUCAAGAAAGAAGUCUGACUCGAGUCUCAAAGACGAAGACUUCAAAACGAAAGAGAAAUCUAAAAAACAAGAGAAGGAAUUGAAGAAGCAAGAUUCUAUAAAGAAGAUAGAGAAGGUAGAUUUGAAAAUAGAUGAAUAUCAAUCGAGACACCAAGAAGUUCCAAAGACGGAGGACAAAUCGAAGCAGGAUAAACCAAUGGAGCGUAGUGGUUCAGUUAGAAAGUCGGAAAAGCAAGAGAAGCAAGAAAAAAUGGAGAAAAAGCAAGAGAAACAAGAUAAAUUGGACAAGAAACAGGAGAAACAAGAUAAAGCAGAGAAGAAGCAAGAGAAGAUGGAGGCAAAGAGAUCAGAAUCGAUGAAGAAGAGUGAAGGGUUAAAGAAACAGGAGUCAUUAGAAGCUAUUAAGUCACCGGAGGCGGAGAGCGAGUCUCGUCGAGGCAGCAGCAUGGUGAGCAAGCUCAUGUCAGUCAUGGGCCGCAAGCGAGACGACGACGAGCACCGCGUCCGGAACAAGCACGGCAAGAAGAAGAAUACACCCACCGGUCCACCGCCUCAAUUUCCAACUCAAAAACAAAGUGAACUAGCACCGAUCGAGAAAAAUUCAGAAAAACAGGAAAUCGUCGAAGAGAAAAAAGUAAAAAAGGGAAGGGGAAGAGCGUCUAGUUCCUCAUCCGGUGAGAAAUAAGACAAACAUACACUUACGAUAGGUUUUAGUGACGCUUAGUGCUUUAAGACGCCGUGAUUGGCGGAUAGUUGUGGGCGUGUCCUCUUUGAGAUACGUGACUGGUUAAUAUGUCGUAAGAACGAGACAGGUAUAUCCUUUCAAUGAGAGGAAACGAAUAAGAUAUAUUUUCGCCACUUUGUCGUUUAACUGUAUCCAUUUUCGAGGUAGUAUGAAUGUAUUUAGAUGUAGUUUUGAAAACGUUUAUAUUUUUAAAAUAUACCUUAAAUCAGUGUGAUAGAGUACAAUAUUGAAUGGCACAAACGGCUAUGUUCAUAUUAGAGAUGGUAGUGACGCUUCAGAGUAACGGAGUUAGAUUUAUAUGUAAAACUAUUUUUCCAUUACUUCUUACGGUGUGAAAUUGAUAACGUUCAGUCCGCUGGACGGAUUUUUCUAAGUCCGAUUCAUAUAUUCAAAGAACUAUCCGUUUUACUCCUAGCAUGUUCGAAAUUGAACGGUUCGUAAAUAAAACGAUCCGUUUCUUCAAUACAGGAAUCGAUGUUACAUCGUAUUCGGCUCAAAAUUAACAAUACCAAAAAUUAUUAAAAAAUCUCAGUUUGCCCAUUUUGUUCUAAUAUCGUAAAUCUUAACCUCAUACAGUUUUAAACGCCGCUUUAGAGUGAAUAGCUUUAUAUUAUAAUUAAUUUGUAACGCGAAGGCCAGUCAUAUGUGUGUAUGUAAAACAAGCAAGUAGGAACAAUAAGUCUCAUAAGGCUUUUUUAUCAUUUAAGCUUCGUACACACUCGACUAACGGAAAUGUCUGAACUGUUAAGGUGUGGUCACACGUGCGAUUAGUAUUCAAUAAUUUCUAAGUGAUUAGAAUGUUUUGGGUUAGUCGCGUUAGUGUGGACGUUUCUUAAACGAUCGUGAUAAGUUAAAACGUUUCGCUCAAUCACAUAUCUGAAAACAAAGCUAAUUAAAAAAAUGUAUAUAAAAAGUGUUAGUAAAAUCAAAAUGGUACGAAUUUUCGAGGAUAAGUGAUUUUUUAUUUUUAGCUAUAAUCUCUUAUUAUAAUUUUGGUUAGCAAUUUAAUUUUAUCCCAAUUUUUUAUCAACUAUAAAAACAAAUUGCUACUGUGUUCAGUUUGAAUUCAUUUGCUAUAACUUUUUAAAAUGUUUUUCAAAUUGAAAUGAAAAAACAAAUGGGAUAAUUUUCUAGUUUUGAUUUUAUUAAUACUUCUUGUAUAAUCUGUUGAAAUUGUAGCAGGUACAGCAAAUAUGUGAAAGUACAUAGGUUUAUACAAAGUAAAAGUGCGUCCACGUAAAAGUUGCUUUUCUGUGAAAAUUGCAAGUUCUAGGUGUACGAGACUAAAGCAUAACAAGAAUUGAAUUUCUAAUAAAAAGUAACUUUAGUGCGGAUGCACCUUUAGACAUUUUGAAUCUAGGUGUUGUGUACAUUGUAGUAAUAAUAACGCCAUAGGCUUUUAGAUAGUGUACAUUAUGCUUUAUUCUUUCUAUUCAGUCAUUGACAGGGCUUUGUGAUUUUGAUUAAUUAUACGUACAUUAUAACUGAAAUUGAUAAUUUUUAGUUCAUAAGCAUAAAUAAUAUAAUUUGUAGAUAAUUCGAGCCCUGUCAUCAGUAUUAAAACGAGGCAAUUUUUAUCAUAGUAACUAAAUUAUCAAAAACAUAAGAUGAGUUGACGAUGUUCAUUAUUAAUCUCAUAGCUUAGUCUUUAUUUAAUCUUUGAGUCUUAUCGGAAAAAGGUGGAAAAAUGUCUGUGAAAUUGUUGCGUCGGAUAUAACUAUACUGAUAUGUGAUUCAGGUAACAUUGCUUUUUUUCGGAAUUUCUUUGUAUCAUAAUCUGGUUUCCUGAAACACAGGCCUCGAGCCUAGCUUAGGCCCAGUCUCCCACAAUAUUAGUGCUCAUGUUAUUAUGUACCUAUCUAAUGUCCUGUUAGCAAUAUUGUGGUGAGAAAAUAAAUAAAUAAAUAUUA